GUUCGUUUCCCUCUGUCUGCCGGUGGCGCUGAACCGCUGCAGCACGCAGCCCGGACGUUGGGGGCUGGCAUACUGCGCGCGCGAGAGAGAACAGAAUGAGAGAAAAGGACCAGACCAGUCGAGCUUGUUGCAAAUCUGUUUCUCUUCGAAGCGGACGUGUUCGGGACAGAGAGAGGAGAGGACCUUCGGGACAGAGAGAAGAGAGGACGAGAGUGAGCAAGAUGAGGAAGGGAAGACUGAGUUUCAACUCGUGAAAGAAAGGGGAACAAAUGGGGGGGAAAUACCUGUUAUAUCAAGGAAAGAAUUUACUUUAAUAUUACACCCAAGCCACAUCUGGAAAUAGUCGUUCCUCGGACGUUCUCUGCAAGGAGCAGCUCGAGAUCACUGGAGUUGGGGCCUGUUUCCGAGGGAGCCGUAUAUCUUCUGCCUCGGGCUCGUCAGAGUCGUGAAAGAAGAAAAAGGAUUCUGCUAGUCCGUGACUCCAGGUCAGGAGGUGUAGUGGAGAUGCAGCCCAAGAAGUAGGGAGAUUCUGGGGAUGAGAAGUCCCUGUUCUCUCCCUGUCUUCCCCAGAGAACCAGUAGAACACUGGGACUCUCAAACAGAGUGUGUGUUCAGUGUAUGUCCGGCCUUGUCCAGGUACCAUGGCUCUGGUUCAGACCCUGCCUGUGUCCACAACUGACCACCCCAAGCCUCCUACCAGCCUCGACAUCAUCUCCCUCUCCCCCGUGGUUGGAGGGCCCUGUGGCCCCGGAGCCACCAUGGGCUCCGUCAGCAGCCUCAUCUCUGGCCGGACCUAUCAGGAGCAGCGACACUGCCGGGCCGCCAGCGAGUUCAGCACUAAGACACGCCAUAACACCCCAACCACCAGCUGUUUCAGGCUCCAGGGUGAUAGCAACACACUGCACAGCGCGAGCUCCCUGGAACAACUACUGGUCAUCAACAACCAGACCCAGAUCACACAGCUCCAGCCCCCGCCACUGCCCACCAAGAAGCAGCCCCGGGCAGGUAACUCUGCUGGUGGGGCAGGGUGUGCGGCUGGAGGUGGUGGUGGUGCAGGGAAUGGAAACUAUGGGUUUGUGACUGAGGUGGCGACUGUAGGAGACUGGAAUGAUAACCAUGUGGUGGCGGUCGGGAGUCCGUGUAGCGACUCGGAGGAGCAGAGGGAUAACCGAGGUCUCAACGGGAAUAUUGGCGGUCCGCCGCCCAAACUCAUCCCUGUGUCGGGAAAACUGGAGAAGAACAUGGAGAAGUUUCUGAUCCGUCCCACUGCGUUCAAACCAGUGGUCCCCAAGAACCGUCACUCGGUGCAGUACCUCUCCCCGAGGCCAGGGGGCAGCCUCUCUGAGAGCCAGGGCAGCCUCAACCUCCUCCUGCCCCUACCUAUCAAUGGGAAUAACGGAAAUACUGUGGUCAAUAGCCCAGGGAGCUACGGAAAUGUCAUAUCUCUGCUCUGCUCCUCCUCUUCCUCGGACAGCAAAAGGAACUCGUACAGCGGAGGACGCAAUGCUCGCAGCAGCCAGUCCUGCUCCAUGUCAGACUCUGGCCGUAACUCCCUGUCCAGCCUCCCCACUCACAGCAGUACCGGCUACAGCUUGGCCCACAGCGAGGCCUCUGGGUCUGGAGGGUCCGGGGUGGGCCUGGAGCCUGGGGCUGGAAGAACUACUACUACCAACGGAGGAGGGUCGGUGACCCACGGAGUUCACAGUCACUCAACCUCCCACGGUCACUCUAACUCGGACAGCGGGCGUUCGUCAUCCAGUAAGAGCACGGGGUCGGGGUCGCUGAGCGGGCGCGGCCAGCCCCUGUCGGACAGUGGGUCGUGUGGGCACUCACCCCCGCCUCUAGAGGGGUACGAGGGGGUGAUGAGGGAGCUGGAGGAGAAGCUGAGGGAGAGGGAUUUGGAACUGCAGCAGCUCAGAGAGAACCUGGACGAGAACGAAGCCGCCAUCUGUCAGGUGUACGAGGAAAAGCAGCGUCGCUGUGAGAGGGAGCUGGAGGAAAUGAGACAGAGCUGCUCUUCCAAGAUGAAACAGGCUACACAGAAGGCCCAGAGAGUACAACAGGCCUUACAACUACAGGUGUUCCAGCUGCAGCAGGAGAAAAAGAAACUUCAGGAGGACUUCUCCUCUCUGCUACAGGACAGGGAGGUGCUGGAGAGGAGGUGUGCCUCCAUACAGAGAGAACAGAUCCAGUUGGGACCGCGCCUAGAGGAGACGAAGUGGGAGGUGUGUCAGAAGUCAGGUGAGAUAUCCCUGUUGAAACAGCAACUGAAGGAGAUCCAGUCAGAGCUGAGUCAGAAGGGUGGGGAGCUGGUGGUCCUGAAGUCCCAGCUGAGGGAGGCCAGGACCGACCUCCAAAACAGCCAGGCCAGGAGCCAGGAGGCUGGUUCGGCCCUGCGGACACGCUCUCUGGAGCUAGAGGUCUGCGAGAAUGAACUCCAGCGCAGGAAGAGCGAGGCUGAGCUUCUCCGCGAGAAAGUCAAACGCUUGGAAGAAGAGUCGGUCCAGCUUCGAGGUGCCCUGGCCAAUCAGGGAGGAGGCCAGACGCCGGCUAAUAAGGGCCAGUGCAUGAGCCUGCCCCUCCCCCAGGGCCGUGUGGGUGUGGAGGGUGGAAAGGGGGGCCCCAGCCCCUCUAUGGGGUACCGUGAGGCGGAGGAGGGCAGGCUGGUAUGGGGAGGGGAGAGUGAUGAGGCCAAGACUCAGAGGCAGAGUGCUGAAGCUGUGCUUGGACUCAGGCAACAGGUGGAGAGGCUGAGGGCAGAGCUGAUGUACGAGAGGAGGAGCAGUGAGGAGCAGCUGGGAGGAUUCGAGGAGGAGAGGAGGGUCUGGCAGGAGGAGAAGGAAAAGGUGAUCCGCUACCAGAAGCAGCUGCAGCAGAACUACAUCCGGAUGUACAGGAGGAACAGAGAUCUGGAGAGGGUGAUGAGAGAGCUCAGUCUAGAGCUGGAGAACAGAGACAUAGAGGACUACGACAUCCACAGCGGCAGCAACGACAUCCACUUUGAGGAGAUGACCGCUACUGAGAUCUAGAGGGGACAACAACAGGGGUGUCCUCUCGCCCCAUUGAGAUUUAGAGACCAGACAGAGACGUUGUCUAACCCCAGUGAUAUCAAAAUCAAAUCAAAUUGUAUUGGUCACAUACAUAUGUUUAGCAGAUGUUCAAUGCUUGUGUUUCUAGCUCCAACAGUAGCAUCUCCUGAUAUUUAGAGACAAGGGUGUCCUCUCGCCCCCAUGACUAUUAAUACCAGCACCCUGAAAUGAUCUGCGUCCAAAACGGAACACUAUUUCCUAUGUAGUGCACUACCUUUGGCUAGAGAACAGGGUGCCAUUUGAAAUGUGCAUCUAGGAUACCGAGGGUAUAUCUGAACUUAUUCCCCUAACCAAAGUACAAGCACUCUUUACUUCCCAAUGGACCGUUUGCUGUCAUGGACAUUAAGGGAGCUUCUCUGUUUAAGGGUGGAUCCGCUCCACUAGACAUUGGGAGGCACCCUCCUCCUGGACCACACAGGAACAGCUGACUACCUGCAGUCAGAAAAGACUACAUCUCAUCUUUAUUCAGACUUAAAAGAGAGGUUAGUGUGUAUCUCAAUAGUUGAGAGUGUCUUCCUCUCCAGAGUAUGAUUCACCCUCAGACCAACACAUGCUCCUUGCCUCCUCACAUGGGUUUGAUUGCCCAGCUAUAGUACCAGCACUCUUUGGGACGUAUAUUAUGACUUUUGACUUGAGAAACAAGCAGGUACCACUCAAACCUCUCUCAAAUCAGUGUAUUGAAAGCAAAGGGGAGAGGCACACAGGUGUGACUACCUGACCACCAGCACAUAAUGAUGACAUUACUAUAACGAUGACAUCAUCACCACUCGGCUGUGUUUUCGUUCGUCCACAGGACUUUGUGUACCUUUGCACUAAAGCAAUGAUGUAAUAACACUUUCACAAUUUGUGCUGUCAAUGUUAUAUAUACAGGGUUCAGUGGAUCAGCAACUCAUCUAGAAGUAGUACGGAAAGGAGCAAGAAAUAAUCCACUGGCCAGGAAAUAUGGAUUUAUAUUCGGUGGAAUUGGACUAUGUAGUAUUUUGAUGGGAUGUAUAAGGACUGUUGGCACAAAUAGCAAAUGCAACUGUUCAGUUUUCAGCACUGGCUAAGAAAGGAACUGUAGUCUACAUUCUUCCUUGUUCAUGGAAUCUUCAAACAUCCUGGAUUUCUAUCAUUGGUUGCUUGCAGCUAACAUGUCAACAUUCUCUUCUGUCAUUGGCUGAACCAUAUCUGUCUGUUGAUAUUGACUCUCAGCUCCCCAUAUCAGACUGAGAGAUGUGGUGAGAAGGAAGAGAAAACCAAAAGAAGACAUCAAAGGCUUAAUGUGAGUGCUGUGUUGUGCUCCUCCUCUCUCUAAGCCAAUAGUCACCCUAUUGUAUCUUCUCUACAACCUCUCUCAUGUGAAUGACACAAAUAGAAGCAAGUAGCACUAUGAGGGAGUGAUUAGUAUGGGAGAUAUCAGCACAAAUGCAACCGCUGCCCUCUCUCUCUCAGCACAAACAUAUCAGAGGAAGAAACACACCUUAAUUGGUCAACUCAAGCUGCCCGUCAAAGAUAUCGAUGCUGCAUUGGCUGCUGGGACUGUUAUGGAGCCGUAUUGGAUCAUUGAGCAUAUGGUGUCACUUUUCCUUAUGGUAUCACAGUGAAACCAACAAAACAUCCCUGUUCAGCUGUACUGAGCUCCCCCCUCCCUUGGCCUCUCUCACUGUCGCACACGCUGGACUGUGAAUACUCUUCUAACGUUUUACUUUUUAUUACUAGACCCCCCCCUUUCCCUCCCUCUCAUCAAAAAGCCAAGUAACACUUCCUAGACUUCCUGUCCCUUCUGGCCAGUGACAGUGAGGCUCACUCGCUGACACCUAGAUCAUGAGGAUGGCAAAAUUGCAUGUCUUUCCCUUGUCUGUCAAAGUCUGGGAGAGGACAGUCCAGGUAAUGUAGGACAGGGUUCUCCAACUGGCAGUGAUUUUAUUUGGCCUCCCAAGUUUUCUGAGCAAAAAAAAAAAAAAUAUAUAUAUAUAUAUAUAUAUAUAUAUAUAUAUCAUUCUAUAUUUUUUCAACGUUGUUGGAUAUAAACGAUUAAAAACACCAGCAAAUCAGCUCCAGGUGAUUUUAAUUUUGGAAAUCUGUUCCAAAGUAUUCCAACGCAUAAUAGUGAAAUAGAUACAUGUGAUUGUAUACAAAUGUAAACAAGGUUUGAAAUGAUUGUUUUAGUCAAAUAUUUUAUCUGUUUGGGCAUCUUGCAUUCAAUAUGCGGUCUACAAAUGAUUUGUAAUUAUGUACCAGUCCGCUGACCAUCCGCUCAAGAAAAUGUCAGCCUGCGGCUAAAUCUAGUUGAUGAUCCCUGGUGUAGGGGUUUGUGCUGGACAGUGCAUGAUAUAUUAGCCUAAGGCAUGACAAACAGGUCAUUAGAGAACUGUUACAGUGGUUAUAUCAACAUUUUGGUAACCACUGCCAUAGAAAUAUCAUUCAUAGAAUGUAAUUCUAUUUCCAUGUGGGGAGUCAUAGAUAAAUAUUGGAGUCUCCAGUUGUGCUUCCUCAUAAGAAGGGAUUAAACUAGAGCUCUGGUCUUUUAUAUUACAGAGGUAAACAGAGUUUAUAAAAAGGAAUCUAACAGAUAAAUGGAAAUCAAUAUGAUCAAUGAUGAUGAUGUAUAUUUUUUUUUAUAUAGCACCUGAAGAUAUUUUGUGGUAACACCAGUACCAUUGUGGGUUUAAUGUACAAAGUAUAAUAAAGCGUUCUAUAUAUCUUUCCAGUA